AUGGAGAGAUUGACGGAUUCCACUCGGUCAACAGAUUUGGAGGAGAAGCGUGCCUCGUUUCGAGGCCUCCAACGCCUGCAACGCUGGGCGGCCGAGGAUGACGAUGAUUUGGAUCGCGAGGAACAAGAGGACCGGCAGCGACGCAUGAGUCACUUCCAGGCCAUCCCCAGCGUGCCCCCCCGAGAUGCUGCGUCCGGCGUCGACCAUCAAAGCAUCAACGCAUGUCCGGCGGAGAAGGCGAGGGAGGUGACGUCUACCUUGGACUCGUCGACGCAGCAGGUAGUCGAAUGCACCCAGAGCUCGGCCACGGCGUCGUUGGGUCGCCCGCACGCACCUGCCGCCGUCAAAGGCGAGGAGAUGGCCGUCGACGACACCGUCAUUCCGGACUCCGGGCGCCCCGUGUCCAAGACCCUUCGGCCGCCAAGGAGGAUGCCCUCGACCGCCGGGGAGCGCUCGCCUUGCCCGCGGAUGGGCACGAGGAAGAGAAAGCGGGGCGGCGGACCGGAGGUGCGGCCCGAGGCGGAGCAGAUAUUCAAGGGGCUGGUCUUUUAUUACAUCCCGGACAACGACAUCGCGCCGGCUAGGAGCUUGCGCAUCAAAAAGGCGCAAGAGUACGGGGCGAGAUGGGCGAGGCAAGUGCCGACGGCGAGCCACAUUGUCGUGGACACGGGUCUCGACUACAGCUCGGUCGAGAGAGUCACAUCCAAGGCCGGCCUUUUGGGUCCGCCGCCCAAGAUUGUCAACGAAAACUACCCCAUCGACUGCAUUCAGUUCCGCUCCCUGCUGGAUCACGACCAGAUGAAGUAUCGGAUUCCCGGACAGCCCGCGCCCGUCGAGGCCGUCGACGCGGACAAGAGCGUGGCACCCGCCGCAGCCGUCGUCGAUGAAGCGGUUGGGAAGGCGGUCAGAGGGAUGGGACGAUGCGACGACGUCAACGACGAACUGUCCGAUUGCAUCUCCAGGAUGCAACAGUUCAAGCACCUCCCGCUCGAUGAAGGGGACGACGAGGACGACCACGACGACCAAGGCGACUCUGCCGCCGAGGGGAUGGAUUCCGACGACGGCAAACGGCUCGACGCAGAGCACGAGAGCGUGGACGACCUCAAGGCGGAGCGAGCACGAGCCCGCUUGCGGUCGGGCCACAAGGGGGGGAAGUUUGAGGACCGAUUCGCCUGCCACCUGGCGGGGCCGAAGGAUGCAAAGGCCGACAACCCGAACUCGCGGACAAUCGAGGUCCUCCAGAGCAUGGCCGACUACUACGACGGCGUCGACGAUCGGUGGAGAACGUUGGGCUACCGCAAGGCCAUCAGCACGUUGAAGCGGCAAGAGGUCAAGAUAUGCACGGAGGAGGAGGCGUUUCGACUGCCGCAGAUCGGCCGGCGCAUCGCGCAGAAGAUUGAGGAGAUUGUGACGACCAACAGGCUGCGGAGGCUCGAGUACGCCUCGGACGAGGCCACGAGCGCCGUCCUGCAGCUCUUCCUCGGCAUCUACGGCGUCGGAAGCAAGCUGGCGCACCAAUGGAUCGCGCAGGGCCACCGGACGCUCGACGACCUCGCGGCCAAGGCGAAGCUGUCGCCGAGCCAGCUGGUCGGCAUCGAGCACUACGACGACCUGCAGACUCGGAUCCCGCGCGGCGAGGUGGAGGCGCUCGGGGCCGUCGUGAAGCGCGCGGCGGCGGCCAUCGACCCGGAGGUGGAGCUCAUCAUCGGCGGAAGCUACCGACGGGGCGCCGAGAGCUCGCGCGACAUUGACUUUGUCGUGGCCAAGGCCGGCACGGCGUCGGCGGCCGAGCUGCGGCCCUUUUUCGACGAGCUCGUCGGGCAGCUCGAGGCGGACGGCUUCCUCGUCGCCUGCCUCGCGUCGCCGCGCUCGGCGAGCGACGGCAGCAAGUGGCACGGCUGCUGCGUCCUGCCGACGACCGGUGCCUGCUCCGGCUCGAUGGGGGGUGAGGGUGACGGCGAUGCACCGGAGCCGAACCGACGGCCGCUGUGGCGGCGCAUCGACUUCCUCCUCGUGCCGGCGUCGGAGCAUGGCGCGGCGCUCAUCUACUUUACCGGCAACGACAUUUUCAACCGCAGCUUGCGACUGCUGGCGUCUAAGAAGGGCUUGAAGCUGAACCAGCACGGCCUAUACCGUGCAGGCGAGAUCGUCGAGGGCAGGGACGAGCGGCGCAUCUUUGCCGUGCUCGGGGUCAAGUGGAGGGAGCCGCAGGAGCGGUGGUGCUGA